AUGUCGGCGCUGAAAAGGGAGGAGGAGCCUCCCGAAGUCUUCAGGGAGGCCAUCCUUUAUCGCGAAUGGGGCUAUCGACUGACCAAUCUCGGCAAAUGCUCCUUAGCCAUAGAUUAUUUUGAAAGGGCAUCCAAAUUAGACGCUGAGGAUUUUAGAACGUUAAUUGGUCUCUGCAGAGCGCUCAUUAAAUGUUUGAGAUAUUUUGCCGCUGAUAAACUUUCGGAGAAAUAUAUGAAACUAGAUUUCGAUCAUUACAAAGUGCGGCAGAUGCGGAUCGAAACGCUCUUCCAGAUCGGCGAAUUUGGCCAUAGCUUGGCACUCGCCCACGACAGUGUGCGACGACGCGGGAUGACUUUUGAGCAUGGCGUCCAUCAGGCAAGCGGGACUAUUGAUGAUUGUAUUGGAAAAAACACGUCGCCUAUAGCGCUACUGCUGCUUUAUCCGUGGAUACAGCAGCUGCAAAAACACCGCGAAUUCCUAAUCGGCAAACUUGAGGAGGAGGAGAACGAAUUCAAAGAUAUCGACGAGGACGAGGCGAGAUUCAAGGUGAACGAUCCGGAGGUGCAGCGGCAGGCGCGAAUGAGGAGACUGCAGCGCGUCAUAGUGAAAAUGUAUAUGGGUUACUUGGCGAUCGAUAAGGAUUUUCUCGAGGAGAUUGUGAGCCAUCCGGAAAUCGUGGCUUUGCCGAGCGAGAGCUUGACUACGGAGCUGGUCGCUCUUACGAGUACAUGCUAUCGAAACAUUAUGUACCUGCUGGAUCUGCUCCGAAUAAGACGGCCGCUCUACGUUACGCUCUUCCAGCGGCGGGCGUUCGCGAAUAGGCACAAAGAGAUGAUCGAACGGGAACGAAAAUGGCGCAGGAAUGUCAUCGUCAUAGAAGCGGACGUCCUAUUGCGUCGCCUGCACGCCGCGAGAAUCAGCAAGGACUACUCUACCUUCUUCAGAUGCGUCUAUCGCACUAAGGAUAAGUUUGAUUCAUAUUCGGACAAGAUGUUUCCGCAGAAGCAGAAGUGCCUGAAUGCGUUGUACAAAAUAGUGGCAUCGGUAUAUAUUGACACGCGUAAUUUGAUGUGUCUGGGCAAUGAGGAAACGAAGACGAGAUAUUUGAAGCAUCUUCUGGGAAUACGAAUUGCAACGUUACCUCGAGACAGCGAUCUCGCAUGGAUGCCGAUUAUAAACCCCAAGGAGACACUGAAAAUGUUUCGCCGGAGAUUAGCCAUGGCAUCCGCGCCACUCGAGCUCGCCUGGCUGCAUCAUGAAUUUUGCAAGUUUCUCCACGACAUUCACCGCUUCGACCUAGCCAGAUUCUACGCGAAGAAAGGACGCGAUAUGGCGCAGGAGGCAAAGUGCAACCAAUGGGUCCUGAACAUUGAUCAUUUAAUACUGCGAAUAGAGAUCCAUCAGAAUAAUCGCAACGAGGCAAGAGACGCUGCGAUUUCAGCACUCGCGUGCGCCAAAAAGCUUGAUAUUGAUUGUCUGAUAGAUUUCUAUGAAAGGGCUGUGGGAAUCGUGGACGAGAUGGAUGGGGAGCGGAGCGGCGAUCACGACUUUAACGGCAUUAUUGCUAGGCAGCAGCUCAUCCUCGAGCUGAUGCCGAAAGAAAUGAAGAAAGAGGUGAAUCUUCUAUGGCGGCGCAUGGAUGUCGUGCCUGCCGCGAGACGACUCUCCGUUAUGCCAGGCUGCAAGCCGAUCGAUCGGAAGUUCAAAAUGCCCUCCAUGCGAAGGACCAUAUUACCCAGUCCGUCGAAGGAUCUGGCGAGGGACGCUAGGAUCGCUUUGUUAAAGCAGCACGCCCCGCCUCACCGGCGACCGGGUUUCGUGAAUUUCGAAGAAUAUGAAUGA